AAAUUAUUGGAUUGGUUAGUUGGUCUUUUUUUGUGUGGACUUUUUUGUUUUUUGCUGCUUUAAAAAUUGAUCCAGAUCAUUGAAGAUACUCUGGUUGCGUUUUGAAUCAAAUACAAUUAUAGAGCAAAAGAUUAAUAGUAUAUAAUUAUUUUUCUAUGAUCGCAAAAUGCGAUGACGAUUAUUUAGUAAUUUUGUAGUCCGUUUCUAAUAGUUAUAUAGAGUUGAGCCUUAAAGACAUUGCUAAUCAGAAUCUGAAAUACGAAAUGGCAAACAAGUACGUUUCCUCUGUUCUGAAGUCGCUGCUUGUGCUUCUUCACCUUGUAUUCUUGAGUAAGCAACAUGUUGACUCUGCCUCAAUCGUCAAGUCUCUUCCUGGUUUUGAAGGUCAACUUCCCUUUGAGCUUGAAACCGGGUAUAUUGGUGUUGGUGAGGAAGAGGAAGUGCAACUAUUCUACUACUUCAUCAAGUCUGAGAGGAACCCAAAAGAAGACCCUCUUAUUCUCUGGCUAACUGGAGGACCUGGCUGCUCUGCCAUCUCUGGCCUUCUUUUUGAAAAUGGUGAAAUCGAAAACAUUGAUAAACUCCUUCUUCUGCGUCUUUGAUUAGUCAAUUCUAUAUAUGUAUAUAAGCAGGGCCUCUAACUAUGAAGCUUGACGUUUACAAUGGAACUCUCCCUUCUUUGGUCUCUACUACAUAUUCUUGGACAAAGACUUCAAGCAUAAUAUUCUUGGAUCAGCCUGUUGGAACUGGCUUUUCCUAUUCAAGAACUCAACAAUUUAAUAAACCUAGUGAUUCAGGAGAAGCCAAACGGAUCCAUGAGUUUCUUCAAAAAUGGCUAGGAAAGCAUCAAGUGUUUUCCUCCAACCCUUUCUAUGUUGCCGGAGAUUCUUAUUCCGGUUUGGUUGUUCCCGCUACCGUUCAAGAAAUCUCAAAAGGAAAUUAUGAAUGCUGCAAUCCUCCAAUAAAUCUUCAGGGCUAUGUGCUCGGUAACCCGUUAACAGACUAUACAACUGGUAGUAACAGCCGCAUUCCAUUUGCCCAUGGAAUGGCACUGAUAUCUGAUGAACUCUACGAGUCGUUGAAGAAAACCUGUAAAGGAGAAUAUACAAAUGUUCAUCCACGUAACACACAAUGCUUGAAAUUCGUUGAAGAAUUUAAUAAGUGCACAAACAGAAUAUUCCAACAACUUAUACUAGAUCCGUUGUGCGAAACUGAAACUCCAGAUUGCUAUAUUUAUCGGUAUUUGCUAACUACCUACUGGGCCAAUGACGCGACUGUGCGCGAAGCUCUUCAAAUCAAUAAGGAGAGUAUAGGGGAAUGGGUACGAUGUUAUUACAGUAUUCCUUACAAUAAUGACAUUAAAAGUAGCAUGCCUUACCAUGUGAAUAACAGCAUCAGUGGUUAUCGUUCUCUCAUCUACAGUGGUGAUCAUGAUUUCGAAGUACCUUACCUUGGAACUCAAGCUUGGAUAAGAUCUCUCAACUAUUCAAUUAUUGAUGACUGGAGGCCAUGGAUGGUCAAAAAUCAAAUCGCUGGAUACACAAGGACUUAUGCCAACAAAAUGACAUUUGCUACUAUAAAAGCAAGUCUUUCUUUUUUUUUAACCUAAUGUUAAAUUAUAUUCAAAAGAAAAAUAACGUUUAUACAACGAGUGCAACGAAGUUUGAAAGUUAUUAGAAUUUAAAAGGAAUCAAAAAUCAAAAGUUGGAUUUAAAUUUUGCCCCGAACCAGAAUUGUAAACCUUUAUCGUAUCUUCGGUCCCCGCUUGCUCUAAUAGCAGAGAGUCUUUCUUCUUUCCUAUUUUAUCUACUCGAUUAUUUUUAAUUUGCGGUUUUUUUACUUGUAUUGAGAUGUGUGGGUUUUGAUUAUAGGGAGGUGGGCACACAGCAGAGAGUAAACCAGAGGAAGCCUCUAUCAUGUUUCAAAGGUGGAUCAAUGGCCAACCUCUCUAAAAGAGGGGAGGACCUGCCUUUACGUAUAACGGACAAGAAAAUAUGAUUCUAGUAACACAUCCAAAUAUAUAUGAGAACCCUUGGCCCUAUAAAUGAAUAGAAUUUAAACUCAUAAUUUGUAAGCAACAUGUGUGUUGCUUUUCAACAAGCUUGGUGUACAGUUGCAUUUCACCUUCUUUUUUUUUCAACAAGCUUGUUUUCUAUUUGUUUGAAGCAAAAGUUAAUUUACAUGUAUAAAUAAGUUAAUUUAAAGUUAUAUAUAUUAUUAUCACU